ACCCAGAGCAUGUUUACUUCCUGAAUCAGUCCACGGAUGAAUACUGAGACAAAGGACGAGGCAAAAAAAUACCCAAAGAGCAAAAUAUCAUCUUGAUGGACCAACACUGGACAUUCGUUUCGGUUUGGGAAUCCAAGUCGACGAUUAAAGUUCUCCCACCAGAUGCGUUCCAACUGACACUCGUCAAAGACGAGGCGGACCAACGCGAAUGGGAGUGGCCCUCCGUCAAGGAGGAAGAGGAGGAACAGGACAUCAUUCGUGAGGACACUGACGUCGCCAAGAUCCAUGUGAAGCCGGAAGAUGACGACGACAAUGAGCAAAAAAAAGCCUAUUUCCCGGAUCCUCAUGAGGAGACCAGAGGGGCGGAGUCAAGCCAUCACGUGACCACAACGGCAGAACCAGAUUCCUUCUUGGCUCCCCUGUCAGACUUAGAAGAAGAAGAAGAAGAAAACUCUCCUGACACGGACCAUCACAGCGAGGAAAAGGUCACUCUGAAGGAGAGCAGGAAACGUUUCCAAUGUGGCCACUGCCCAAAAAGUUUCAUUCACAAGCGAAAUCUCGCGACUCACACCAGGAUCCACACGGGAGAAAAACCUUUCGGCUGCUCCGUUUGCGGCAAGCGCUUCAGCCAGAGCGCCAACCUGGCGGUUCACGCCCGCGUCCACACGGGAGAGAAACCAUUCUGCUGUACGUUGUGCGGGGGCAGAUUCUCGCAGAAAGGACAUCUGGCGAGACACCAGGCCACCCACGGCCCGGGCAAACCGUUACAUUGUGCCCUUUGCCACGCCCACUUUUACCAUCACUCGGCACUGUUGGAGCACAUGAGGACGCACGGCAGGGAGAAAGCCUUCUCCUGCUCGCUGUGUCCCAAAACUUUCUCUCACCGCGGGAACCUGAACACGCACCUGCGGACGCAUACGGGGGAGAAACCCUUCGCCUGUUCGCUGUGCUCAAAAAGUUUCUCACAGAAAGGACACCUGGCCACCCACGUCGGGACGCACUCAGGACGAAAGCCCUUCUCGUGCGCGUUUUGCGACAAGCGCUUCUCACAAAAAGCUCACGCAACGUCACACAUGAGGACGCACCGCAGAUCACGUCUUCUCCUCGUAGCCAACUCGAACAUAUGCUGAGCUGUUUUCUGACCCCGCGUUUGGGAGCUGACAUACAGUUCCACUCCAUUAAUAAAGUGAUUGUUUGUUGUUUUGUUUUUUUUAAUUUUUUUAUUUUUUUGUUACACCUUCACGGACUACAACACGAGCGCUUUAAUAAGAUAAGAUAAGAAAAUAGGAAAGCCUUUAUUGGACAAAAUCCCAAUUGUUGGGGCCCUAGUCCUGAA